AUGGCGGACCUUGAUGAGCUUUUUGGUUCUGAGUCUGAUGAUGACGACUUCCAACCAACGCCGGCCGCCACAGCUGCAGCUUCUGAAGAUGCUGCCGAGGAGGACCUUCCAGAGGAACCUGCAGAGGAGGAAGCAGAUGAACCAGAGGAAGCUGUGGAGGAGGAUGAAGAAUCAGGCCCUGCUCCCUCAGAGGACGAUGUGGUGUACAGGGAGCCACCGCCCGAAAGACCCAGCGGCCCUCCUCUGGCCCUGGAUGCGCCUCCCAUCGCGCGGCUUGAGAGCGACAACACCGCGCUGGUCAAGCUUUCGAACAUCAUCAACAUAGACAUGAAGCCCUUUGACCCUGCCACAUACAAGGAGGCCGAGGAGGAGGAGGAGUAUGUUGAUGACCAGGGCACACGCCGCGUGCGCGUGCGCGACCAGAAUGUCAUCAGGUGGAGGCGGACAGUCAAGGAAGAUGGCAGCAGCGGCAUUGAGAGCAACGCCAGAUUUGUGCGGUGGUCGGACGGGUCGUUGCAGCUGAUGAUUGGGGAUGAAGUCCUGGAUGUGGCGGAGUUGGACAUUGAGAAGGACAACAACUUCCUCUUUCUGCGGCACAUGCAAGCAGCGUAUUUGGAGAGCAUGGGGCAAAUACAGAAGAAGCUGGCAUUCCGGCCGGCCAGCCUAAACUCGCGCUUCCACCAGCGGCUGCGCGAGGCGGUGGAGCGACGACACACAAAAGUCAACCGCGUGCGCAGCGUGGCGACGGUGGAGGAUCCGGCGCGGGAGAAGGCUGAGAGGGAACGCCGCGAGGAGGCCCGCAUCCGUGCCACCGAACAGCUCGAGCGCCGCCAGAACAAGGAGAUGCGGCGGUACACGGCGGGUUCGCGCUACGACAGCCGGCCGCGCGGGGAGGCGGGAAUCACGGCGCAGUACCUGGAAGCCAUGGACGACGACGACCUAGGAGGCGACUCGGACGACGCCGGCGGCCUCACCGCCACCGAGCGCGCUCGCACCGCCCUCCGACGCAACGCUGAUGAGGAUGCUGAGGCGGAGAGGCGGCUGUCACAAGCAAAGAGGCCGCAGGCAUCCGCGCCCGCGCCGCCCCCCAAGAGGCAGCACUUUGGCCCCAUUGAGAGCGACGAUGACGAGGACGAUGCAGAGGAGGAUGCGCCACCCAGGAAGAUAGCAAGGAAUAGACAGCGGGGAUUGGUGUUGAGUGAUGAUGACGAUUAG